AUGAUUUCAUAAUAACCAUCGAAUAUAUUAAACCAUUCGGAUAUUAUCGAUGAGGCUGAGUAAUUAACUUAGAAUAACUCAAUCAUUUAACAAAUGUUCAAAGAACUAAGUUUAUCUACCGAAUAUCCUGAUUUUUCAAGUGUGGAUUAUUGGAACAAUAGAUACUCUAAGCAGAAGGACAAAUUUUUUGAAUGGCUGCAAACAUAUUCUACACUAUAGCCUUUCAUUCAUAAUUGUUUAUUUGGCAGAUUUGAUAUCAGUUAGAUAUUGUAUGUUGGUUGCGGGAAUUCGUAAUUAUAAGAUUACAUGCAAUUAGAUGGUAUCAAAAAUAUUCGAUGCGUCGAUUUUAGCGAUGUUUUAAUCAGGUAGAAACAACAACAAACAAUUCCUUAUUAUUUGAUGGAUGUCACAACGAAAAUCGAUUUUGAAGAUGAAGAGUUUGAUUUUAUAAUUGAUAAAUGCCUUUUAGAUAGUUUGAUGAGUGGAUCCUCUUUUUUCGAAAGGGUUUCAAAAUACUUGAGUGAAUGUUACAGAAUCUUGAAACCUAAUGGCACAUUUAUGAUUAUAUCAUAUGGGCAUCCAGACAUCAGAACAAUAUAUUUAAAGCUCUUCAAAAUUUAAAUCAUUCCAAUUGAAAAAACUAAAAUAGAAUAAUUCAAUGAUAUUGAGCACCAUUAUAUAUAUAUGUGUACUAAGUGA